AUGCAGCUGCAGGAAUACGAUUUGAAGAUUGUACACAUUAAAGGCAUCGAUAACUUCUUUGCAGACAUGCUGAGCCGCAACCCAAUUGGGUUAAGCCAAGGGAGCCGCGACCAAAUGUUGAAGCCGAGAGAGUUAUUCGUGGCAAAGGUAGACCUGGGAACUGACAGAACACUCAUGAAAGAAUUAGGCAAUCUGCCAGAACACCAACUCGGUGAUCCCGCUUUAAAUAAAAUACGGGAAGAACUGGAGAGCGACCCAGAGAAAUUUUCGGGCAGGUACAUGGUAAGAGACAAGAUCCUGUUCUGCAAAAAUGACAGGAGCCAUCCCUAUUGGAGAAUUAUGUUACCCAGACAGCUAGAAGACCGAGUGAUUCGGUAUGUACAUACGCUAUUGGGACAUCAAGCUACCGAUAAGUGUAUGUUGCAAAUAGCACACACUUUCCACCUAAAGUCAUUAGGAAGAAAGGUGCGGAAGUUUGUGGCACACUGUGACAUUUGUCAAGGUGUGAAGCAUCCCAAUAUGUCCUAUGAGAUUGAAAGAGUAUCUCAUCUCCCUACCAGGCCAGGAGAGCUAUUAACGAUAGACCUCUAUGGACCUCUACCUACAGGUCGUGGUGGAGUGAAAUACCUGUUGGUAUGUCUGGAAUUCUUCUCCAAACAUGUAACUCUGUACCCACUAAAGGCAGCCACAACUAGGAGCUGUUUAAGGAAGCUCAGGGAGCACUAUUCCCAAAGUGUUAUCAAACCUGAGUCCAUCUUGUCUGACCACGGAUCGCAAUUUGCGAGUCCUGCAUGGCGUAAAGCACUGACCGAUUUGGGCAUUCAGUGCAGAUACUCUCCUAUUCGACACCCGGAAAGUAAUCCGACCAAGCGGAUUAUGCGCGAACCUGGAAAAUACUUUCGAAUCUACUGCCACGAGACGCACAAACAAUGGCCAGAACUCGUGCCAUAUAUAGAGAACUUGUUGAAUUCUUCUGUUAGCCAGUCUACAGGUUAUACUCCUGUAGAACUGCUCGAUGGAAAUCCGAGGCCGGAUAUCUUCCGAAAGAUACUGAAAAAGAGUGCAGACCAGUUACCCAGGGAAGAUGUUUUAUCUGACAAAAUUCUAAAAGCCUAUGCUCAGAUGAAACUAAAAGCAGAUCAGCGAAACAAACGACGAAAAAAUGGCAAGACAAAAUGGCAGCCUAGUCUUAAGGAGCUAGUGCUCGUAAAGUGCCAGCCUGUAUCGGAUGCAGCGCAGGGCCUUACUUCAAAAUUUCAAAGACCGUUUGAGAGACCAUUCAUCGUUCAUCGAAGAGUAAACCCCUCCAUCUUCGAACUGGCAGAUUCAAAAGGCAUGAUUAGGGGACUCUUCAACCUAAAGCAUCUGAAACCCUACCUCGAGGAAAACCUCGCAUCCUAA